AGUGACUCUCGAAAAGCACAAACUAGUCGACUAUCCCGGACAUUGCAUCUUACAUCAGCCAUUUGUUUCUCUUUCGCUAGCAACUUCCAGAUUGCACGUCUCGGACCCUGAUUUCUCUGACCAAAGCAGUGGUCUGUUGUUUCAGGUCUCGGAAGUAAAUCGCUUAUCAGUUAUCGUUCCUAUCGGCCGCCACCGCGAGCCUUCAAGAGCAAUCCUUCGUUUCAUGAACAACCUCUUUUAAGUUGUUAUUAACGAUUUUCAGUCCUGCGAUGGGUGAACAAUUAGAGGGAUCUGCUAGCUUGCAGACUGCCAGAAAAUCAGCACGUGGGCUUCAAAAGGAGCAUGCAAAGACAACGAUACGCGCAUCUGCUGUCUCGAAAAGGAAGCGAACUGCUGAGGAGAUCAUAACGACGACGACGACCACUACCACAACUAAAAGACUACGAAAGACCGCCUUCAAUGAUACGAUUUCGAGUAAUCAAAAGGUGAUUGAUCUGACUGAAGGACCUUGUACCCCUCGAAAGAAGAAAAGCCCCCAGAAGCAAGCGCCCAGUGGACAGGAGCGGCGAGAACGUAGGUUCAGGUCGCAUGCCCCGCAGUCUUUCAAGGAGAGAGCCGCACGUGCAGUGAGUCAACGUAUGUUCGUUGUGGGGCACAGCGUCACUCUUGUUGAUGGUGUCCUGGUUAUGAGCUUCGAUAUUGUUGGGACCACUGGCAACCUUUACAAAACCACCAUUGGGAAGGUGCCCACCUGCGACUGUCCGGAUGCGCGCAGGGGGAACCAAUGCAAGCAUAUCUGUUAUGUAUUGAUCAAUGUCUUGAAGGCCCCGAAGGACCUUCAGUACCAGUUGGCAUUCCUAUCAUCGGAACUCCGAGGGAUAUACAACGGUUCCUCGCUUAGCAAAGAACACUCCACUGAGGACAAUGGUGGCAACAGAAAGCCUGUCGAGGGAGACUGCCCAAUCUGCUUCAUGGAGUUCGAACCCGAAAAGGAGGAUAUUGUCUGGUGUCGGGCCGCAUGUGGAAACAACAUUCAUAAGUCUUGCUUCCAGCAGUGGGCUGCAACCCAGCAGUCACAGGGUGUCAGAUGUGUCUAUUGUCGUUCACCCUGGCAGCCGGAUACCGAAAAUGUGAACGUGGAGGAACUAUCCCGCCAAGGCAAAGUUGGUCGUGAUGGUUACCUCAAUGUCGCUCACCAGUUUGGCCUUUCGGGACGUCGCGACGUUUCGAGCUAUCAUUCUUUCUGGGUGCACCGGCAGCGAUAUCAGCAUGAGGACGACUGGGAUUACGAUGACUAUUGAGGACAGAUGUGCUAAAUGAGCCUACUCUACUGGCUUCGUGGAGACGUUAUUUCGUUUUUUUCGCCGUCUGGUACGGUCAUAAUCAGG